CUCUCCUCUCGCUUUUUUUUCCUUUUCGCUUGUACAACAUUUGUAUAUAUUUAGUGGCAAUUAUUGUAUGGUCAAUCAAACUUAAUAACUUAAUAUACUAUUCAAAAACACCACUGCAAUAUGAGUGAAUAUUAUCAAGACAUUAAGAUUAUUUGUCAGAACCAUAUCAUGAAAGGAAGCCUAAAAGCAUCUGAAGGACAUCCAUGGCGAAAUUGGAAAAUCAGAGUCGUUGCUAUCGACAACCAUCACCGAGAAAAAAAGGGCAAGCUGAACAUACUGCUGGAUCACGUGGAAUAUAUGCUACACCCUACCUUUGAGAAUCCCAGGCGUGUUUUUGCCAGAGAGCCUUAUUUGUUACAAGAAAAGGGUUGGGGUGAGUUUGAUAUGCGUGUCGUCCUCCAUUUUGCACAUCAAUUGGCAGAGCCUGAAAACAUCUUUUUUGACCUUCAUUUUCGAGAACACACUUAUACCAUUUUACAUAGAAUCAAUUUUGUCCAUCCUUCACCUGAUCUUGUGCGUCUGUUGAAUACAGAACCCGAACCAAUGUAUCAUGACAGCAUAAAGAAGAGACGCGCAAGUCCGCCUCUGUUGGCAGCCAAGAAGAUCAAAACACCGCCUACAGUCUCUUCGCCAGCACAGUUUAGUGAUGGUCCUCUUACACCUUACAGUAAAUAUCCAACAUCACCCUCUAACAAUGACAUUGAAUCAGACGAUGUAUUUCGAAAUCUACAUGGUCGACAGAUAAAAGAUGGAGUGAUUAUUGAUAACGUAUAUGAUGAAAAGGAUGUUGACAAUGUGCAUUCAAUACAUAAAUCAGCCAUAGACGAUCGUAUUCGAAAAGCAUGGGGAUUGCCUAUGGGUUUAGAUAUGUUGGAAUUAGCAAGACGACUCAGCACAAGAUCACCAGAAGAAAUUACAGAAAUAGAAACACUUAUUUUAACCCAUAGAAAAGACGAUAUGUUAUUAGAAGACAAUGAAGAUGAAUUCAUGGUCGAUUUGUAUUCUUUAGGACCUGAACUGCUAAACCUAUUAUGGGAAUACACAGAAAAUAAAACCCAAUUACAGAACACGACCGAAAUGUCACCCUUUUCACUUGUACAAGCAAAUACCAACAUGAUGGAAUACGAUUAAAAAAAAAAGAAAGAAAGAAACCUUGUUUAUUUCAGCAAACAAUAAUAAAAAAAAAAAAA